GUUUUGGAAUAACGUUUAGGUUCACUCUUGAAACAAGGUAAAUAGGGGUCAUGAAUCGUGCAGAAACAUUUGAUCCAUGAUUUGUCAUGCUAUGAUUUGUCCAUUGAAUUUUUCAUUCAUUGUAUUCCAAAAGCCCACACCUAAGUUUUGACGCAAGGUUGACGCAUCUCUUCAACGUUGAGUAAGGAGGAGCACGGGUCCUUUCGCAAGCAAUUUCGACGAGUUAAGAAGACCCAAACGGCGAAAUAAGGAGCGUCGCCCCGGCUAAACUUCUUCUUCGAAGGGGAGGCAAUUCAGUCGGUGCUUGACAAUGACAGUGGACAGAAGUGAAUGAGUAAGCUCUCAAUCUGGAAGUGAACUUUGAAAACCAAAAUCAUGCAUCAUCAUCAACAACACCGGAUGGGCAGCUAUUUCGACAAUGACCUUGGGCUUCAACCGAAAAAGGGGAUCCUAAAUAUGCCCAGCUCAACCCGUUCCCCACCAACACCUCCACCAACAUCAUCGAUUCCGCCCAAACCCUCGUUCGUAUCCGCCACCUUUAACCCCAAGCCAGUGCCUGUUUCCACCUUCCCAUCCCCGCCUCAGUCCGUGGCCCACCACGCCCCUUCUCGCGGCACCCACCUCACGCCCAAUCGAGUUCUCGGAUCCCGACCACUCAAUCACAUGUCAGCAUAUGGAAGCGGCCAUUUCAACCCUGACAAGCGAGAAAUACAACGAUUGCGGUAUGAGCACGAGGAUAUGAGGCAAAUUCACGCUUUAAACAAGCGAUUGGCAUCUCUGACCAUAGCAGAUAUGUCACCCAAAUUGGCAAGACAACGCAUUCUCUUACUGUACGAGAAGGGCGAUCAUCGCGAGGCAGCAGCAUUCAUCAGACGGGUCUCUCAGGGCACAUUUAGGCAAAUCGUGAAUGAGUUGCCAAUCGAUCGAUUCUUAGAAGCCAUGCCCGGGUCCAUGCCAAUCUUGGAAGCUAUUUAUGCCAAAUUGUAUCUCGUCUCCGCUAAUGGAACCAUGAGCAUCUUGGUGGCCGGUAGAUUGGAUGAUCGCUUCUCACCCGAGUGCGUGGUCUGGCAGAUCGUUCGGUUCUUUGCCUGCAAAGACGAUACCAACCCGCCCACUUCAGCCCCUGUCCGGAUGGAAAUGUGCGGGCCUUGGGUGUCCACUUGUAAACGCCUUCUAUUGGUCCUGACCUCGGCCGAACCCAGAAUCAAACGUGUGGUGGCUGAACGACGAAAGGCCCUGACUCGAGCCAUCGAGGGCCUUGGGCAACAUGGCAUGGUUGGCACUUCGGACCAAUCGAUCCAAAGCCUUCAUGACGCCCUUAGACUAGAAUUCGAGAGGGUCCAGAAGAGCUACACGGAAGCCCUAGUCAAACUUGAGAACCUGGCCUCGACGGGAAAGAGUCCUUCCAAGGUUCCCCCCGUUGCCCAAUCUCAUCAGCGACAACUUUCACUCAAGAUGGACGAGAUCCAAGAGCGAUUGAUCAAGAAUAAGAGCCUCUUGAAUGUGAUGGAACCCACCCUGGAGAAUCAUAGUUUGGAGGUGCUGCUUGGGAUUCUGCAAAGGAGGAUCGAAUUGGACAAGGAAGUCAUGUUCCAGUUUACGCAGUUAAGGAAGGACAAACGCCUGUUAACCUCAUUGGGUUGUGGCCGAAACCCAAGCGUGGCUCCAGUUCUCAUGAGAUUCCAAAAAGGUUGCCAACAGGUAUUGGAUUUGAUGCGCGAAGUGCAUGAGGAUGUCCGCAAGUGCCCGUCCGGCAAUCCUAUGGAUGAGGAGGACUCGAACAGUGAUUACUCGGGCUACCACUCGGACACGGACUCGGCCGUGAUGAUGUCGGGCAAUUCUCCAUUCAUCUCCAAGGAUGCUCGCUACAGCUUCCUUCAACGAUCAGUACGAUCGGGAAGCAAGCACAAUUUGCUGACGGCCAUUUCAACCGAGAAUUUACGCCCCAUAUCCGAGAGCACCCUGCAGUCCACACGCCCAGAUGUAUCAUCCCAUACUCCAACGAGGGUCAAUGAGAUUCACGCCUCUUCCUCCGGGAUCAGUUCGAAUUCCUCGUGCACGGCAUCUCCACCGGAUUCCGAUUGCAACGAGGACAUCAUUAUCUCUAAUGGGAGCCAAAAAUCCAUCGUUUUCGUAGGGAGCGGAGGUUCGGCUUCGGUCAUGAGCAGUGGCAUCCCUGAAUCCUCAUUGACCAGCAGUGUUGCCAGUUCGGCUGGGGGUGUCUUCACUCGGUCCCAGAGGAGUCGCAAGUACAAAAAGGAAUUCCAUUUGGGCGGCCCAAACUCGCUCGGCAUGGUCAAAUCGGUUUCGAUAGGUGACUUGAGUAGUCGGUGUGGGAAAUGUGACCUGAACAACAAUGGGCGUUUUCACGGCCUUAAAUGCAAUAAUCGGGAAUCCCCCAGCAGAGAUCGGUCGUCGUCGUUGUUGGAGGAAUCCAUGGAAUUGAAGCGACUUCGAACGGAAAUGGCUGCCAUGUCCAAUGAACUCCGGGAGGCGAAGAUUCUUAUCAAAAGACUGGAAACCGACCACACUCUGGACAGAUUUACGGAUGUCCAGUCUGUGGUAUCGGAGUCGAUCGUUUACGACGUGCAUAACGGAGAUCGACGUCCAGCGGGGUUGGUGCGAAAAUUCGGGGAUCUCUACUCCAUGGCCCGAUUAGAUACGUUGGACGAUUUGGAUAGCAUCCCAGAAUUGGUGGAUGCCAAUGAGCUUAAAAGCAAGCUGCUGUUCUCAGUGGUUGUGUUAUCAUUCCGGUCGGCAACCCAAACUUUAGAGAAAAUGCGCGAGCAACUCCGGCGAAUUCUUCAACUUCCGCCUACUUCCCCAUCUGCUUCAAAUCCGUCUCCCACCUCCACCAAUAUCACGUUCUUCCACCCGGGUUCCACCCACAACCAGAGAGCCAAUCUAUUGGCUGCUCGAGACAUGGAGUCGUCCAUCAAUAACUAUAUGCGAAGAGCCAGCGAGUUCUUUGACUUAAACAAAAAUAUUGAGGAAGUCACCACUCAAUUAUGGGCCACCCUGUACGAUUACCCGUGCCUGAAGUCGUGUCAAGGACUGGCCAAAUACGUGGAAAACUGCGUCAGGAUCUCGUGGGGUCUAGUCAACCAGAUGCCUCAGUACGUGAUUGAGUACGACUCCCGAAGCUUCCAAUCUGACCUCCAUGUCCGCUUCCACACAGCGUUGCCACAUUCCGAUCUAAUCAAGACCUAUUUAUGGCCAGCCCUGCGCGAGGGCAAAAAUGGACCCGUCGUUCAUAAAGCCGUGGUCAUAACCUAAUCCCUGUGGAUUUGCAUUUAUUCAUCUAGUCUAUGUACAAUUAUUGAAAGAGAGGUGUAUUCCGUGUGCCUGAUCUGUGGAUUAAAACAUGCUCGUCGA